AUGAACGGGAACAUGCAGCAGCUCGCAUCGGCCGGACAAGGCUCCUCUCAGCCAAACCCCGCGCAGCAGAAUCUCCUCAACAUGCAAAUGGCGAUGAACAACCUGAACGGACAGCAGCAAUCGCAGAUCAUGGGUAGACAGAUGGGUCCGAACGGCAUGAUGAACGGUGGGCAGCCGCCGAUGCAUCCUCAACAUCUCCAGGGUCGUCCGCCACAGCAGGGCGGGCCACCGACCGCGCAACCGCGUCGACCAAUACAGCGUCCCUCUCCUGAUCAGCUCCAAAACGCCGACAAGGUUAUCAAGGAGCUUCAGCAGCAAUGGAUGAUAUCGCAACGUGGCGGCGCUAACUUUGCCUACAUCAACGUUCCCGAGCACCAGCGCACGCAGUAUAAUGAGGCCCUUGGUCGUCUAUCAACUGCGGUCAAGGAUUUCGAGCACAAGAUGCCUAUGUAUUUCGCCAUCUCGCAGAGCCUCGAGCAGAUCAAGAAGCUCGUUAUCAUCACUCUGUCGACAAAGUUUCAGGAGCACCAGUGCAGUCAGAACAGUAAUCGCUACAUCGUCGACCUUGACACGCUCCGUAGCAUGCUCUCUACUAUCCAGAACGCCAACAAUGGCUUCAUGCAGAUGGUGACCGCUAUCUCUGUAAUGGAAGCCCAGCAGCGCAACGCCGCCGGAGGUGGUCCUCCUCCACAGCACGGAAUGCACAGCCUGUCGCCUAUGCCACCGCACCAGCAACCGCCGCUACCUCAACGGUCUCCUGCGCCGCGCCCCAUUCCUGCCCAACCUACCCGAAAGCCGUCUCAGACUUUCCCGCCUGGUCUUACGCCUGUCGCUUCCAGCGCUACCCCUCCCCACUUGGCUGCGACGCCGAGCGCCCAGGCGGUCACGCCCUCCAUGGCGGCGGCCUCGCCUCAGACGCCCAAGUCGCCGAAGACCAAGGCUGCACCGAAAAAGACGCGUCGCAAGGCGACUAAAGCUGCAGCGCCAUCUCCUGAAGAGACAUCCACGGCUGCUGCGACUACUCCUGCUACGCCCGCCACACCGGCGGAUGUCAAGGUCAGCGCGAAACGUGCUAGGGAGGACGAAGGCCCAUCGGCAGGAGAGGCGAGCACUUCGGCACCGUCUCCGAAGAGAGUCAAGGCCGAUGCGGAUGGUCCGCUCAGUGACACCCAAGCGCAAAGGGAGAAGGACGCCGAGAACGCUGCGAGCGGGUCAGACGAGGAUUUGAUCGCGUUCCUCGAGAACAUCACGCAGUAUACGAAUACGACCAACCCAGAGGGCUCGCAAGCAUACGUGGGCAGCUCUGAAUUGGGCGAUGUGCUCAACGAACUUCUCAAGGCUUAUCCAUCUACUGACGUGGAGGCGAAUGGCGAGGGUUCUUCGUCGAGUGCACUUGGUAGCUUGGAGCUGGAUGGGCCACAUCCACUCUCGCCACCGUCUAGUCAGCUACCCGAGCCUGAUUCAUUUGCAGAAUACUAUGAUCUUUCCUCCUUCGACGACGUCAGCGUGCCCAAGGCGCCGACGCCUGAUCUCGUUCAGGCUUCGUCGACGAACCCUAGUCCUGAGUCAGGCUCUGAGGCGGACGCCGCUGGCCACUUGACGGCCAUGCAUCACAUCGGGAACGCUGGAUCGCCACACAUCGCAGCUGUUGGCCUCGACGAUAGCGAGGAGGACCCUCUGCGUCUGGGUAUCUGGAAGGAGAUCGACGGUGGUGAGGCUGCAUUUUAUGAGGCCAGUGGAUGGAAGUGGGACGCCCCCAUGUCGACGUCGGAGCACCCAUGGGCAGUUUCUUCAUAG